UAAACAGUUUGAAUCCACCUGGCAGAGCAGUGAGGGCUGUUCUAGUAGCUAAUUGUAAAGGACAUGUUUGGAGACUUUUACUGUGCCAGAGAUGUGGGAGAGGGAGUGGGGGAACACGGGGCUGUGACUUGCUGACCUUCUGUGUGUUCUUCUGCAGCAGAGAUGGAGGGACUGGGUGAGUUUAGCACCAAAACCACUCAGGCUUGCAUAGUAAUAGCUGCCCGCUCUUCAUCAUCAGUCAGGAAGAGGGCAGUAAGCCCCUGAACACCAGGAAUGGGCCCAAAACCAACACCUGUUACCCAGCUGCUGCCUUGCAGUUAACGGUGCUGGCAGGAGCUGCUGGUGUUAAAGCUUCGUGCCUGUGUGUAAAAGGACAAACUCGUCUGAUGACAAACUACAUUAACAGUUCUUUAAAGGAUUAUAGCUCAUGGAGGAAGGGUAACGAGUUUCAUUGCUCCUCCUUCGGUUCACUGAUCUCAUCUGAGCUCUCGAUGUAGUUACAAACUACACAUCUUGUAUGUUAAUGCAUCCUUUAGACUGUAAAUGCUGAGCAGGGUGUGUGCAGGUGUUCGUGCCCUCUCGUGGCUAAAAUCUGAAUCUCACUGCUGCUGGGGACUGUGACCAGAGCCACUUCUAAGGGAGUGACCUGCAGAGCAGACGGCUGCAAGUGGCAGGAAACUGCAAGCAGGUAUUUUAAUGGGCACGGGAGUAAACCCCAAGUUUGAAUUGGUUCCUGUGUUCUGUUUUGCAGUGGUUUACAGUGCCCUGCACAAUAAAAGCUCGUUUCAGACCUCGAGGGCUGCUAGUAAAUCCCUAAUCCCUGUGAAGUUAUUUAUUUGGUACGAUUUAGUGCUAAAAUUUGAAAUCUGAAUGCUUUGCAGUGUUAAGUCAGAAAGCUCAUUAACUUUUUUCAGCUAUGUUAAUAACUAUAAUCUUUCUGAGAGCAACUUCGUUGAACGGGAUUGAUCUUCCACACAACCUCUUUGAUUGAUGUUAAACGUACACCUGUCCUUUAAUUCUUCCCUAAUUAAUGGACAGCUGACGAAGGAAUGUCUUUUCCUGGAGCACGUGUCAGGUGACACAGCCUGGGGGGAGCCCCCUUGGUCUUCAGAUAGGAGAGUCCUUCCUGACCUGACUUCUCAGCCCUCCCCAGAGUUUGAAGUGUUAGGAAGCUUAACAGGAACAGGUCUGACUUAUCAGUCACCUCUCCACAAGCUCCCGUUCGGUGCUUAUCUGAAGCUACUGGUUGAAAUAUUCAUGCAAGAUUCUAUUUAACGUGGCUCUUCAGCUGUUAAGGGAGCAUAAUGAAUAUUUCAGUUUGCUCUUGUCCAGUUGAAUGGUGGAUUUAUUCAGCAAGUACUUUGAGCUCUUUGCUUUGUUAGCACCAGGUUUAUUUAUCACUGCUCCUCGCUGAAGAAGUUGGUCUUGUUUCUAAGAUUUCUUGGUUGAAAGCAGCAGCAACCAAAGAAUAUGCAAUUUAUCGUUAAUUUCUUCCAUUGAAGGGUUUUCCUUUCAUGUCUAAAUUCCCUUACAAUGUCCCACAUUUCAUACUUCUCAAGGUAUAUUGAUUUUGUUAUCUGUAUCUUUUAUUCCCCCCUCCUUUAUAAUCUCUGCCUUUUUACCUACUUGCCUCUAUUUGUGUUUUGUUGAAUGGCUUUAGAGUCAGGGUUGGCUUUUCUGACUGCAGAAUCCUAGUUGUGAUUGCAGCUUCUUGAUGUUUAAUGAAUUCUUAACUCCCAGCCUUUCUCAUGAUAUUUAUCAGCAUUUCUUCUCAAUUUCAUUCACAGUUUUGACUUCAGGAGAAGGGACCUUUUUGAAGUAACGGCAUGUACUAAGUGAAUUUGGAGAGAGGGAAACUACAAGUAAGCUGAAAGUUUAAAGCUUAUUAUUAUUAAACAUUUUCUUGCUUUUCACACUUUCCAUAGUGCAGCUCCAAACUCACCAGAGUGUCUUGGAGAGGACAUGGAAAAUAUUUUCCCGAGUGCCCUGGUUUUAGUUCUUACAGUAGUGGAGAUUUCUCUGCUGGGUACUUUGGUUUCUUUCUUAUCUAGUACUGCUGAUAGUGCUGCUUCAAACCAUCAGACCGCUCCUGCUCCGCUGCUGAGAAGUUUGGAAAAGGUUGAGGGGGAACUGGAUAAAAUAAGAUUACACUCACCAGCUGACAGCUUUUGAUAAGACAGCCUGCAUGCCCCUUCCCCCUUGUUUUGUUUGCCCCCACAGAGUUUUCUGCAUUUCUAUGCACUUAUACUGCAUAAUUUUAUAGAACCAAAUGAGUGACUUGUUUUUGCAGAUGUGGAUGAGAGGAGGGGAGCUUGGUCAUCUUAUUGCUCUGAAAGUGGAAAACACACUCAGGUGUGGUGUGAGGAGGAGAAUGUGUUCUGUGGAAGCCAGUGCUACAGUGGGCUGUCCUGGGUCACAGCAGGGACUCAAAACGGAGUCGUUCCCUGCAAUUUCAGCAAGAAAACAGUGAAGUAAAUUAAGUUUGUGCCUUGUUAGAGCGAAUACCCCUCGUCAAGCAACCUGCACCUGUCUGAAUCUCCCCCCCUUGCUGCCCCUCUCUAUAUUUACCCAGUGGGAACUUUCCAAGAAUGGAAGUGGGAAGAUAAAUGCCUGUGGGGGCUAAAUUUAGCCCAGGCUCCCUGGCCCUGCUCCCUGUGGUGGCAUUUCAGCUGUGAGCUUUGACAGCCUGCGCCCUUCCAGCUCCACAGAGUGGAUGUCCAUCCCUGAUAGAGUGAGAGCUUCUCUUUCUCUUCCCCCUCCCCUUUUUUUUAAUUAAACCAAGAAAGAAUUCUCCAUGGGACCACGUCUGCUUUGAUUGUCUUGGGUGUGAGCAUCACUUCUCCCACAGAGACAGCAGGUUUUACUGCUUACAAUGAAAGUGGUGCUCAGAAGACAGACCAAAAAAAUGAGCUUAAUGGACAUCAAUAAGAUUUUCUCCAUGCUCCAACCCAGAGAAGAUGAAGAUCAUGGAGAAAGUGAGGAGCUGAACCAAGUGGUGUCCGUGGACGAUUACCAAACUCUUGACAAGCUCUUGCACCAAGACAGGUACAAGAGAGUCAUCAAUAGCAGGAGUGGCUGGGGCGUUCCCAGCACCCCACUGCGCCUGGCUGCCUCUAAGGGCCACCUCAGGAGCCUGAAGGUCCUCCUGUCUCAUGGGGCAGAGGUGGACAGCCUGGAUGUGAAGGCACAAACCCCGCUUUUCACAGCAGUCAGCAAUGGCCACUUGGGCUGUGUGAAAGCACUGCUGGAGGCAGGAGCCGGUCCCUCUGGCAGCAUCUACAACAACUGCUCACCGCUGCUGACCGCAGCUAGGGAUGGGAACGUUGAGAUUCUGCAGCAGCUCCUGGAACACGGUGCUGAGACCAAUGUCCAAGCAAGGGUGCCUGAGUGGGCUGCCAACUCCACUGCUUGCUCCGGUCCGCUUUACCUCGCAGCUGUCUAUGGGCACUUGGAAUGCUUCAGGUUGCUGCUGCUCUAUGGUGCCGAUCCCAACUACAACUGCACGGAUGAGAGGAUGAUCGCGCGCAUCAAGGAGCCCAAGACUCUGCUGGAGAUCUGCCUGAGGCACAGCUGCCGGCGUGAGUUCAUCAAGCUGCUUCUUGACUUCGGAGCCAAUGUGUAUUUGCCAAACAUCAAGAAGAUAGCACCUGGUAGCGAGGGCCUAGAUCUGCUGUUGCAGGCAAGAGCUCAUCCCAAAUCCCUGAUGUCUCAGUCUAGGCUGGUGCUGAGGCACAUCCUGAAGCAGGCUGGCUGUGCACACGCCCUCAGAGAGCUGGACAUUCCACCAGUGCUGGUGAGCUACCUCCAACAUCAGCCUUAGCAGGGACACACCAUGGAAGACGCCUACCCCAGAGAGAUGCCCAGUGCCUGAAUUAAAAGCUCUGACGCUGCUGUUGCACAGCACAAAACAGA